UCGUACGAUGGACACAACCCAAUAUUAUUGAGUAUCGUGCAACCGUGGACCUCUAGACGGUUGCAAUAAUGUCAUGGAACGACGAUAUCGCAUAUGCUAUGACCCCCUACAAAGUCUUUACUCUGCCAUUAGGCGUUUGGCCUUUGCAAAAAUAUAAUAUGUUUUCUUUAUUCCGAUCUAUCGUGUGCGGCAUCAGUUUGGUACGUUCUCAAUUUUCAUAUUACACAUUUCAACAUAACUUCUCUGCCACUUGCAUUUUCAACAUAUGUGACGAAUCAAAUGAGAUCGCCAUGAUAAUCAUGUUGUUCCUCGAAAUCAAUUUCGGUAGCAGCGAUGCUUACGUAAAACUCGAUGAUUUUAUGCUUAUGAACUACGCUAUUAUUUGUAUACUAAAGAUAUUGUCAUUCCGCUUAUAUGCCGACAAUAUGAUUCGCAAUUUCUCUUCUGCCGUGAAAGAUUACCUCGCGAUCGAUAACGAGGGGACGCGCAUCAUCAUGCGACGGCACGCAUUCAUGGGAAGAAUAAUUUGCUUCAAUAUCGUAUUUUGUACUUAUUUGACGUCAGCAUUUUUUUUUCUGCUACCUAUAAUAGCAGGCGAGGGUGAGGAUAUCCAAAUUAAUGUAACAAUCAAGAAUCAAGGCGCGGAAUUACCUGUGCCCAUAACAUUUUUAGGGGACAUCCACAUUCCUACGAUUUUGUACUUCGUGAUCAGUACGAUGCAAUUAUUCAUGUUGAUGUUUAUUGGUACUAGCAAUUGUGGCAAUGAUUCACUUUUCCUUGGUAUCGUUCUCCAUAUUUGCGGCCAAAUAGAAGUUCUAAAAGUUGAGCUUUUUAAAUAUGGCACGAAAAGCAAAAACUUAAGUAAGGAUUUUUCAGUAUUGGUAGCAAGACACUGUUAUCUAAUAGAGCAUGCGGAAUUACUAACAGAACUAAUAAGUUUCAUUUUGAUCGUGCAGCUGUUAUCCAAUUGUCUUAUUAUUAGUUUAAUCGGUUUCCAAUUUAUCUUAGCAUUGAAGGCGAAUGAUGCAGUAAUGAUUAUUAAAACCAUAGCAAUGUUGUUCACUAUGUUAUUGCAAUUAUUCUUUUAUAGUUUUGUGGGCGAUUAUCUAAAGUGUCAAAUGGAAGAUGUCGCAGAUUCGAUUUACAGCUGCAAAUGGUAUUCCUUACAAACAAACUUGAUGAAGAAUGUUGUGUUCGUCAUCAUGCGGUCGCAACAACCAGUUCAGUUGCUUGCUGGCAAUUUUUUUGUUGUAAAUCUCAAAACAUUUAUGACAAUAUUAAAAAGUUCGCUCUCAUAUUUGUCUGUCCUACGAGUGAUGAUGGACACGUAGGGCGCAUUUAAUUAAUGUAAGGUAAAAAAAAGAGCAAAAAAAAGUAACAGUGUACACACACGUAAGCAAUAUCAAUUUGUAAUAUUAUUA